AUGUAUAAAGGUAAAAAUACGUCAUUAACAGUUAUUGAACCUAACCUUGAAGUGUUACGUUAUCAAAUUUAUUGCUUGAAAAAAACUCACUCGAUGGGAACAUUAAGAAGCAAUCACAAAAGAAAUUCCAAGGAAGUGACUGCCAAAAAAUUAAAACGUGGUAAAUAUGUAUGGAGACGCAAUAAAAAUGUGUAUGUGUCAAAGUGGAAAGACAAAAGAGACGGGCUCUGUAUUACAACUAAAAAUCACCCGAAAAUCGUAUCCACAACAAAUAGAUAUGGUCUCGUAAAAAAUAAACCAAUAGAGAUGAAGGACUACAAUGAUUUUAUAAGUGGUAUAGAUCAUUCAGAUCAGAUGGUAAGCUAUUACUUGUGUCCCAGUAAAACCACUAGAUGGUAUAAAAAGGUGCUAUUUCAUUUGCUCAAUAUAUCCACCUGGAAUUCAUAUUUUAUUUUUAACAAAAAGUUUGGUGUAAGAAACAUUACCUUUAAGCGAUUCCGUGAUUUACUCAUCAAAAAUUUAAUUGGUCUUCCAAUAAAAACUACUGCAGCAGAACUUUUCAAAGACAAAAAAAGCAAAAAUGCAGCACCCGAAAAUAAUCAUUACUCAAAAAAAAUACCUCGUCCGCCAAAUUUUAAAAGAGAAACAUACUUCAAAAACUGUAAGCAGUGCUGUAAGACGAAAAUAAGAAAACAAAUAUCAUUCCAAUGUAAAAGUUGUGGUAAACCUUUAUGCCCUGGUAAGUGUUUCGAAGAAUGGCACAAAAUUAUAUAA